CUCUCAUAUAUGUCCUGCCCCCGCUGCCUCGACUGGUCAAAUUUCAUCGCAAAAUGAAAAUUUGAUAGCUCUCUUGAUUGAUCGGAGCGAGUCACCUCUAGCUACCUUCACAUCCCGAGACUGCUUAGCCGACAGAAGGAGAGGAUGAAGUGGAACAAGACGUGAUAGCUGAUCAGUGGGGAGAGGGGGGGUUGCUCGGGACAGCUGCUGCUCCCCAUGGCUAAGGCGGGAGGGUAGGGAAUGGACCUCCUCAUUCUCUUCAACUGGACCUCUCCAGGCGUGGUCUUGGGCGGGAAGUGUCCAUGCUGAUCCAGAGGACUUCCCCAACGCCAGUCUCUGACUUGGUCACGAUUCCGGGGUCCCUUCCGCUUGGCUGCAUCUGCCAUGCUUCACCACGUGGCCAUCUUAUUGCAUUGUCUUCCUCUGGUCAUGGGACAGUAUGACAUCUGCAAGUCUUGGGUCACCACAGACAAUGGGCCCAUGUGGGAGUUUUACGCUUGCCAGCCCAAAGCGAUGGCCAUGAAGGACUUUGCAACGGUCCGGGUGGAACCUUACGGCAUCACCUGCGGGGACCCACCUGAGCGGUUUUGCACUCAUGAAAACCCGUAUUUGUGCAGCGACGAGUGCGACGCUUCCAAUCCGGACCUGGCCCAUCCUCCCAAGUUGAUGUUCGACAAAGAAGACGAAGGCCUGGCCACCUACUGGCAGAGCGUGACCUGGAGCCGUUACCCCAAGCCUCUGUUGGCCAACAUCACCUUGUCUUGGAACAAGACCAUUGAGCUGACCGCCGAUGUCGUGUUGACUUUUGAGUACGGCCGCCCCACCAAAAUGAUCUUGGAGAAGUCCUUGGACAAUGGGAGAACUUGGCACCCCUACCAGUACUACGCGGAUGAAUGCAACGAAGCUUUCGGCAUGCCGGCGAGGAAGGUGAGGGAGCUGUCCACCACCAACGUCAACAGAGUCAUCUGCACGGAGGAAUACUCUCGCUGGGUGGGGUCCAAGAAAGAGAAGGACGUGAGAUUUGAGGUGAAGGACCGUUUUGCCAUUUUUGCUGGGCCCGAACUCCGAAACAUGGACAAUCUUUACACCAGGCUGGAGAGCGCCAAGGGCCUGAAGGAUUUCUUCACCGUGACGGACUUGAGGAUGCGGCUGUUGAAACCGGCGCUCGGGGGCACCUACGUCCAAAGAGAGAACUUGUACAAGUACUUCUAUGCGAUCUCCAAUAUUGAAGUCACAGGCAGGUGUAAAUGUAAUCUCCAUGCCAACCAGUGCAUUUUCAAGGAAGGAAGUCUUCAGUGUGAAUGUGAACAUAACACAACGGGACAGGACUGUGGCAGAUGCAAGAAGAAUUUCCGGAGCAAGUCUUGGAGAGCUGGCUCCUACCUUCCCCGUCCCAACGGUUCUCCUAACGUGUGUGCGGCUCCAAAUUUUGGCAACUGCGAAUGUUACGGACACUCCAAUCGGUGCAGCUUCAUUGAUUUCCUGAACUUGGUCACCUGCAUUAGUUGCAAGCAUAACACUCGGGGACAGCACUGCCAGUACUGUCGGCUUGGCUACUUCCGAAAUAGCUCCGCGGAGCUGGACGACGAGAACGUGUGUGUGGAUUGCAACUGCAACCGAGUUGGCUCGCUGGCCAACCGUUGUAAUGAGACUGGCUACUGCGAAUGCAAAGAUGGGGGCGUGACGGGGCCGAAAUGUGACGAUUGUUUGCCCGGCUACUACUGGAGGCAAGGCUGCUUACCGAAUGUCUGCGACGACGAACUCCUCAUCUGCCAAAACGGAGGCACUUGCUACGAGAACCAGCGGUGCCUCUGCCCGCCGGGAGCCAAGGGCCUCCUGUGUGAACAAACUAAGUGCGAAGGGGAAGACACAGAGUGCGACUCGGUCUCCGGGACGUAUCUCAGCCUCUCGGCCUUCGUGGCCAGCGCGGUGAGCCUACACAUGCAACAACUCUUGGACCUCUGAAGGACGAGGAGAGGAGUUGCGUUGUCAAAAUCCCACGAGAGGAAGUGAAGAAAGAAUUGGGACAACCUGAAAACGUUGCGAGCUCAGAAGAACCAUCCUCCAGCCGAGCUGGUUGUCUCUUGGUCCUUGUUGGCCAAGCGUUGAAGGAUUCAACAGAAGUUCCCGCUCUUUGCAGAUUUUCGGUUGGACAUAGUUGAAAGAACCGUAAGAGAUACCUGUUAUGGGGUCCAGCAAGCCAGGAAAGGAUGCCUCAACAGGACUUGGGGGGAAAUUGCAAAGCGUUUGCAAUUUUCCAACUGUUUCCUCAAGGGGAAAAUUGUUCAGAGCUCUCCUUUGCACAGGGGUAGCUUCCGAAAAGGGGUGGGUUUGGGGUAAAAUGCCAUCGAUCAUCUUGCAUUUAUGUUGCACUGCUCUUUCCCUUCCAAAUCUCUUCUUCCUCCCAGCCCAUUUUUUUUUAAGG